CCGGCCCGGCCCUCCCGCAGGGCGAGCCCCCGGGUCUCCUGGGGCCUCCCUUCCCAGGGAGUCCCACGCGCGGCGCCUCUCCCGGCGGCCCGCCUGCGCUCUGCUCCCGGUGGCGCGGCUCCUGGCACCUGCUCCGCGCCGGCCGGCCAGGGGCGGGCUCGGGAGACCGGCGACUGCCCCGGGACGCGCGGGCCCGGGACUCACCCGCCGCGCACCUCGGGAACCGCGAAUCCGGAUGCGGCCCCGCUCAGGUCCGGAGCGCCCUUCAGGUAUGAAGCGGCCACUGAGCCCAUCUCCCCCAGGUGAGAAGGAACCCCCCAUAUCUGGAGCUGCUGAGUGCCCCCCUCGGCCCCCAGAGCCCCCAAAGCCCAAGCGGGAAAGAAAACGGCCAUCCUACACACUCUGUGACGUCUGCAACAUCCAGUUGAACUCGGCGGCCCAGGCCCAGGUGCAUCGUGGGGGGCGGGCCCACCAGAGGCGGCUUCGGCAGCUCAGCUUGGGAAAGACCCCUGCAGGGCCAGCAGGCCCGACCUCCAGUGCCCCCAGCCCCCUGCUGGCCUCCCUGCCCCUGCCCACCAGGCCUCUGCAGCCCCCGCUGGACUUCAAGCACUUGCUCGCCUUCCACUUCAAUGGCGCCACCCCGCUCAGUCUCUUCCCCAACUUCAGCACGAUGGACCCGGUCCAGAAAGCUGUCAUCAGCCACACAUUUGGUGUCCCCUCCCCUCUGAAGAAGAAGCUCUUCAUUUCCUGUAACAUCUGCCACCUGAGGUUCAACUCAGCGAACCAGGCUGAAGCACAUUACAAAGGCCACAAACAUGCCAGAAAACUCAAGGCUGUUGAAGCUGCCAAGAGCAAGCAGAAACUGCAGACCCUGGCCCGGGACAGGGUACUGAUGUCCCCAACCCCAACUUCAGCCAGUGGCGCCCCUGGAGAGCCACAGCACAAAGCUGCUGUAGCUCCACCCUCUGGCCCCCCACUCCAGCCACCACUGACUCCAGACCCCGUGUCCAGGGAGCCGGCUCACUCAGACGUCUUGGAUGCUGCCUCCUCUUCCUCUUCUACCUCCUGCCCACCCUGCUCCCCAGAGCCUGGGAGAGAGGUGCCAGGGUCUGAGUCCACUGCAGCUGCUGUGAGCAGUGGUGUGAGUGGGGAAGGCAGGAGCGAGAAGGGGUGCCUCUACUGCCCCACAUGUAAGGUGACAGUGAACUCUGCCUCCCAACUUCAGGCUCACAACACAGGAGCCAAGCACCGGUGGAUGGUGGAAGGUCAGAGAGGCACUCCCCGAAGGGGAAGGGGACGCCCAGUGCCCCGGGGAGGAGCUGGACACAAGGCCAAGAGAGUAGCCGGGGCCCGGGGGGGCCGGCAGGGGCCCAGCCCUGCUUUCCACUGUGCUCUCUGUCAGCUCCAGGUCAAUUCAGAGACCCAGCUCAAGCAGCACCUGAGCAGCAGGAGGCACAAAGACCGCCUGGCUGGGAAGCCCCCCAAGCCCUCCAGCCAGCACAGCAAGCUGCAGAAGCACGCAGCGCUGGCUGUGAGUAUUCUCAAGUCUAAACUGGCCUUGCAGAAGCACCUCACCAAGGCACUGGCAGCACGCAUCCUGCCCAGCCCGAUCCCUGCUGCAGCCGCGGCUAUCUGUGCCCUGCCAGGGCCCCUGGCCCUCCGGCCUGCUCCCGCAACAGCCACCACCCUCUUCCCAGCUCCCAUCCUGGGCCCAGCUUUGUUUCGCACCCCAGCAGGAGCUGUCCGCCCGGCCACAGGACCCAUUGUCUUUGCCCCCUAUUAGCCUCCUGGGGAGACCAGGGCUUAUUUUCCAGCAGCUGUUCUCCCCUCCUCCCCAGAUGUCUCGGUUUCCUCCAUCCCACACAGGAAAGCCUUUUACAGCCUGGGGGGUCCUGCCCAAUCUAGUAAGAGCUGGGCUAGUUUUUAGGGCAGCUGCCCUUCACUCAGUCUGUACUGAGCAUUCCACUAAUGCUCCUCCUGGCCCAAGGACCACCCAUACCCACCCUCCUUUCCCUUCUUCCAGGGCUAGUCCUGGGCUCCCCACCAUUCCAUAGCCUGACCUCCAAGGAGCAAACUGAGAAAUCCCAAAGAUUUAUGCAAAAUCCUCAUACCAGCCCCAUGGUGCUCUCAGCCCACUUGACAAUAGACCCUAGAAAUCUUAACUUUGGCCUGGGUAACCUUGUGCUGGGCUGGAAGUCAUCCCUGCUCACUAGAUUCUUCACAGAAUCACUGGAGAUGAGGGAUGGGGUCUCAAGCUGGAAUGGGUUCAAGGCUAUUUGGACAAGGUGACCACGGGGGUGUGGUGGGAGACUGCGGAGAAAUGAAGCCAUGCUGAAGUGGGGCUGAAAGCUUUUAGGGGCUUCAGCUGCCCUGCUGGGCUGAGGCCAGGAUAGGAGCAGGCGAGGGGGAUGUUCCAGCCAGGCAGUUCUAAUGGAGGUGACCCAGCCCACACGAGCUCUCCCCUCUUCAUCUUUGAUGCCUCCUGAACUCUAGCUCUUAGCGGGGGAGGGCACUGGCCGUCCCUCAGAUUAUGGACCCCAGCUAACACUGAACCUCCCAGGCUCCCAAAUGCAGAGCUUUCCCCUCCAACUCCCCACCCCAAACUGGGCCCCAGCACUAAUUGCAGCUUCCCUUCCUCUCAGCCAGCACCCAAGCCCCCUAACAGGGAAGCUGAGUGUUGGGAUCCAGUCUGAUACUCUCAAGACCCAUUUUCAUGUAAAGUUACUGUCACAACCUCCAUGCCACUCCAGCCUGCCCCCCAUAACAUGGGACUUUGCCAGUAUUCGCCUGCAUCUUGUUUUUUAGAUAAUUCCAAUGGGAGAACAAAAGGGGGGAGGGCAGGGAAACUCUUUGAUAAAAGUUAUGGUUUUAUUGUACCCAGCGCAUCAAUAAAUGAAUCUUAAGCCCAA